AUGGCCGUGGAACCUACGAAACCCGAAAUUGCCCAGAUCUUUGCGUUGCUGAAAAACCAAAAGGGGAACAAGAUGUGCUUCGAUUGCGGCGCCAAAAACCCAACCUGGAGUAGUGUAACUUUCGGGGUGUAUAUUUGUCUCGACUGUUCGAGUGUGCAUCGGAACAUGGGCGUCCACAUCAGUUUUGUCAGAUCGACAAACUUAGAUCAAUGGUCAUGGGCGCAAUUGAGGACGAUGAAGGUGGGCGGAAACGGUUCAUUCCAAGACUUCCUGAACAAGCAUCCGGGUGCAUUCUCGAGUUCCUCAGAUACGAAAGCGAAAUAUUCAUCAAAAUCGGCGGAUCUGUACAAGGAGGAACUUAAGCGUCGAUGUCUCGCCGAUCAAGCCCAGCACGGCCCAGGGCCAGUAAUCUUCGAAGGAUUGACGCUCGCUUCUUCGGGCGCCGACUCGACGGCCGAUAAGAAGGAUGAUGACUUCUUUGGCUCCUGGGACAAACCAGCAUCUUCCACCCCCAGCGCCGUUGCUCCUACUGCAACCAAACUGUCUGGUUUCGGCACCGGUGGACUCACCCCGAAUGGCUCCAAACCCACCUCGCGGGCCACCUCCCCCAACCCAGCAGUUCCAGCCGCCCCGCGUACCGUCCAGUCUUCUUCUCUUCGUGCCGCCACCUCAUCGAAUUCAUCCGCACCAUCCAAGUCUAAGCUGGGAGCGACAAAGGUUGGGGCCACGAAAGUCAAACUAGGUGCUAAGAAAACCGGAGGUUCGAUCAACUUCGAGGAAGCCGAAAGGAAAGCGAAAGAAGAGGAGGAGCGAGUCAAGAAGCUGGGAUACGACACGCGAGCUGAACAAGAAGCGCAAGAGAGUAAAGCAGCCUUCAAACCCAACGACGUCAAGCCAUCCACCUCUUCAACAAACGCCGCUGCAAACCCUGCCAAGAACGUCUCCCAGGACGAGCGGCUAGGAAUGGGCUUCAGGAAGUUGGGCUUUGGGCAGACCUUCGGCCUGUCCGGUGAAGAGGCCGCAUCGAUGGCUGAGCAACAGAAACGCGCCGCUGCUAAAGCUGCCUCGGGAUACGUUGAACCCGAAACUGGCACCGUCGCCAGAGAGAGAUUCGGAAACCAGAAAGCGAUCUCGUCGGACAUGUUUUUUGAAAGAAACGAUUACGAUGCACAAGCGUCGACGGAAGCGAAGAGUCGGUUGACGCAGUUCUCAGGUGCGACGGCGAUCUCGUCGAACCAGUACUUCGGCCGUGAGGACCAAAGCGAGAUGCUCGACCAAGCCCAGGAAAGCAUCCUGGGCGUCGACGGCUUGCAGGGCUUGGAGCAGGGCGCCCGUGAGCUCGCUAAAUCGGCCAUGAAGGCCGCCGGGUACAACAAUAUUAACGAGUUGCAAGACGGCUUGCGUUCAGGCGCUAUGAAGCUGGCAGACUAUUUGGGCGAUCUUUCUCAGCGAUACGCCUGA